AUGGGUGGCGCUGCGUCCAAAGGUGCUCGAACUCUGCCAAAACGCGCACCUCCAACAUGGGCUGGCGCGCGGGCGGUCCAACAGCCCACAGAACCCACAAUACUCAAUGUGCCAGCUGAACCGUCCGCUAUCGAAAAAUAUGCAUUUGAUCCACACUUCCUAUCCAACCUGUCGCGAAUGGGGCAGGUCAAGGUCGACCAUCAUAUGCAGGCUGUCCAGCCAGCCAACGACGCCACCCAGAUAUUUGAGAGGAGGCGGCGUGCAGAAGAGGAAGCUUUCUCCUUGCAGCAUCAGACUGGGCGCAUCGAUGCCUACUCGCUCACCGACCUCCUCGAUGCACGUAAAUCAUGUACUUCUGCUGCCGACCUUCGCCAACUUGCCGAGAAUUAUCGCAUGGACCCAAGCGUCGUCGAGGAGUUGUCGCGCAGCGUGAACAGUCCAAGUGUUGAUAGAAAUAGGGUGAGGACGGUGAUAGGGAAGGAUGGAGAGGAACUUGUUUCGGUCACUGCUGCUUGGAUCAAUCCUCCCAUAGCACGUCCGUGA